UUUACGAUUUUCUAGUAGUGAUCAAAAUGCCAAGACUAGAUCCUUUAAUAGUAUCUGGGGUAAUAGGAGAUGUUUUAGAUCCAUUUACAAGGUCUGUAGACUUUAGUGUUGUUUACAAUAAUAGGGUGCAGGUCUACAAUGGCUGUGGUUUGAGGCCUUCACAAAUUGUCAACCAACCUAGGGUUGACGUUGGAGGAGAUGAUCUUCGCACUUUUUACACUCUGGUUAUGGUGGAUCCAGAUGCUCCAACCCCUAGCGACCCAAACCUGAGGGAGUAUCUGCACUGGCUAGUCACAGAUAUCCCAGCAACCACAGGAGCAAACUUUGGCAAUGAAAUUGUACGAUACGAGAGUCCACGGCCUUCAUUGGGAAUUCAUCGCUAUAUUUUCGUGCUGUUUCAGCAAUUGGAUCGAGGGGUUGUGAAUGCUCCUGAUAUAAUUGAUUCUCGUCAGAAUUUUAACACAAGAGACUUUGCGAGGUUUCAUAAUCUCAAUUUGCCUGUUGCUGCUGUUUACUUCAAUUGCAAUAGGGAAGGUGGUACCGGUGGCCGUCGCCUAUAAAUAAGUUUAAGUUAUAUACAUCGUUAGUGUAAGAAAUUUUUUUACACUAUUGGGUCCCAUUUACUGGUAACAUAUUUUACUUUCAAGAUUACAAAUCUCAUGUUUUAAGGAAACUUACCUGUAGAUAUCUUUUGGAUGACCUGAUAGUGUAAACAAUACUUUAUACUGACGGAAUAUAUAAUUUAAACUCAUUAAGAAAUAAUGUCUUAGUAAUACAUGGAUGUCAAUGUGAGGAGUUUACUUGUUACAAAGUUACAUGUAAAAGUAUUGAUGCUCAUAUUUAUUUAAUUAAAGGGGUAUCUUAUUAUA